UCGAAACAACACAACAAUAAUAGGUAACAUUUUUAGUUUCAUAAAAUGUAACUCUACAGUCUGGUUUGAUAAUUAAUAUCAUGCUGAACAAAAUCAUAAUAAAUCUUGUACUAUCUACGUCAAGCUUAAGUAUAAUGAUAGACAUUUAAAAUAAGGUUCUCAUAUAAAACCAUGGAGGCGUCACCAUUUCUUCGCGCAAACGAAACGUAUGAAGACUUUUACAACCGAUGCAACAAUUUGUCUAAGUUCGACUGUAGUGAGGAGGAAAUGCUCUGGUGGAUGAUGGGUUCGCGCCGAUUGCCGCUGAGUGAGAUAGUGCCGAUCAGUGUGGUGCUGGUGGUGAUAUUCCUGACGGGCGUCGUGGGCAACGUGUGCGUGUGCGUGGUCAUCGUGCGCAACCCGGGCCUGCACACCGCCACCAACUAUUACUUGUUCAGCUUGGCUGUCAGCGAUCUGUUGCUGCUUCUGUUUGGCCUGCCAAACGACCUGGCCGUGUACUGGCAUCAGUACCCGUACAGUUUGGGGCUGGUUUUCUGCAAACUUCGAGCUUUUAUAUCAGAAGCUGCCACGUACGUGUCAGUUCUGACAAUAUCAGCGUUUUCCCUGGAGCGGUACCUGGCGAUAUGCCACCCCCUACACCUGUAUGCGAUGGCGGGCCUCACGCGGGCCUCUCGCAUCAUCGUGGUGUUGUGGGUUGUGGCGUUCAUCAGUGCCUCGCCCUUUGCCGUCUACAGCGACAUCAGCUAUCGGGAUUACCCGCCAAAUUCCGGCAACAUAUCGAUGGACUCCGCAUUCUGCACCCUCACGGCGUCAUCCCCGCUGCUGGAGAUCAGCAGCAUCUUUUUCUUCUUCGUUCCAGCCAUACUCAUCCUUUGCUUGUAUGUUACCAUGGGAAUACAUAUACGGUCGACCCGAGUGAGUGCAAAGACAAAGAUUGGCUUGUUCAAGGACCAUGUGGAUGGAGAAUCACGACAGGCGAAGUCGAGGAAAGCAGUUAUACGAAUGUUGGUUGCGGUCGUGAUAGCAUUCUUCGUGUGCUGGGCGCCGUUCCACGUCCAGAGGCUCUUCUUCAUCUACGGCUACGAUCAUCCUCAGUUUCACGUCAUCAACGAGCACCUAUUCAACGUCGCUGGUGCUCUGUACUAUGUGUCAGCGACUGUCAACCCCAUCCUGUACAAUGUCAUGAGUGCCAGGUACCGAAUGGCAUUCCACGAGACGCUACUCUGCAAACAUCCAGACCGCAACGACUUCGACUAUACCCGUCGCGAAACCACCAUGUCCUCGACCUAUCGGAACAAGUCCAGCUUCUACAAGGAGCCUAGCAGCCAAACCACCAGGAUAUCCACCAGCAAAGUGGACUACGUGAAGGAUGAAUCCCCAUUCUCUAUCGAAGCUAAAAUUGAUGAGAAUACAAUAUUUUAUUUCCCCAACGGAGCCAAUAGUAUUGGCGAGGAAAAUCAUAAUAAUUGUGAAAUCAUGCCCUAGAAAUACAGCAUAAAGAGGAACAUGGUAGUUCCACGCCUUUGAUCUCGUGGUAAAUGACGAGCACGCCUACACUUCAACAAAACCUCGAUUCUACUCCGAACCGCUAGGAUAUGGAAUGCAAUUCCACUUUUAAUAUGGGUACUUUCAA